CUCGAAACUUGAAAUACUUGGAAUCCAACAAAAUCGCACAAAAGGAAAAGACUUGAUGGAAACAAAAUAGAAAUGGAUGAAAUAAAAACAAAGUUCUUGGAUUUGCUUAAUAAGCAGAACAGACAAAUGAAAAUUCCUGCUAUGGGAUUUUCUGAUUAUUUCAUUCAAAAUGUUACCACAGAACCAGAAGCUAAAGCAAAUGUGCAGCAGACUGCAACAACCGACACAGACGACGAUGAAAACCAACAAAAAUCAGAUCAGGAAAUUCUCGAAGGCACUGAACAUAUUUACUUUGACCCGGAAAGUAAUCCCAGCUUAUAUGAGCUAGAAAAAGUUUUAAGUGAUGGAGUCAAUUUGGAUACAAUCGAACAAACUAUGAGUAAACUGAAAAAACAGCAAAAAGUAUUAUCCAAACAAGUAUUACAAAACAUUCUGGAGCAACGGAGCGCAUGCAAUGUUGAGCUAGCGGCUAUAAAUGAUGUUCAGAAACAACUUGAAGAAUCUCUUUGGACGUGUAGCAAGGCUCGCUCAUACUUAAACUAUGCAAAAACAAACCUAACAACAACAAGUCUUGAGAUUUUAGCUGCAUAUCGAAAGAGAGAGGUUCUCAAUGAAUUGCUUAAGUCAUUAAAAGCGAUUAAGAAACUUAAAUCAACGGACGUUGAAGUUCAAAACCUCCUAGCAGAAGGCAACUUCUCAACAGCUAUUGGACUCCUUUUGAAAUGCAAAGACAACGCUGCCGAAUACACUCAGUAUGACAGUGUUCAAUCACUAACAAAAAAGCUCCAAGAGACAUUACUUUUAACUGAAUUUCAGCUAGACACUGUCUUAAAUGAAAUUAUUCUUAAUUUUGAAAUAAAAAAGUAUGGAAAACUUCAAGAAUCGUACAAGCUAUUAAACAAAUCACUAUUCGCUAUGGAUCAGCUUCACAUAAAUUUUAUUUCAUCGAUUCAUUCAUCUGUAAAUUCGGUCGUACGUUCUUACAAUGAUCCCAACAUGGACGAGACUCUCAAAUACUUAUUUGAGCAACUAUGUGAACAAGUUGCCACCGAUAAAUACAUUCCCUGUUUGAUUAGUUUAUGUAAAACAUGCUGGACCAUAUUAGCUUCCUAUUAUCAAAUUGUAAUGUGGCAUCAAAACUACAAACUAUAUCCCGAAGACGCACAAGAUUCACCAGACAAUUACAUCCAAGAGAAACUGAAAAAGGGCCAAUCUCGAAUUUGGAAUGAUAUCCAAUCAAAGAUAUGUGUCUAUUUAUCGAGCACAAAGCUAAGAACACUCAAACACGAACAAUUUAUUCAAGUUCUCUCGGUUAUUCAAAGACUUCAAAAAGUUGGCAUAGAAUUCUGUGGAGAGUAUUCGGAGAAAUUGAUCGCAACAAUGCAAUCUCAAAGUGAAGAGUUCUUUAAUAGAUACCAUGUCUCUUGUUUGGAAGAAAUAUGCCUGUUUCUUGACAAUGAAUCGUGGACGGUUGUGGAUUCAUUUAGUAAUAUUCUUCAACUGCAGGAAUUUCGUUCGGUUCGUAAUACCCUGCGCCGACACAAGUCUCCACACAUUGCCAUACUACCCACAGACCCUAAUAACAGCCCGAAUAGUAACAAUAACUGUGAUGAAUUAGUUUCGGCACACUCCCAUGACGGUGGUAGUUCAAUAUACGGAUCUUGUGGAUAUUUUUUAAGAUUUUCCGAAAAAAGUUCACCAUUCGAUGGUGGCCUAGAUGCAGCUAUGCUUGAAGAAGAUAUUCUAUCGGGUAUCGUUGAUGAAGCAUCUUGUUACUUUUCUGAAGAGAGCGACGAUGAUAAGAGUACACAAAGCAAAGAUGAAGAUGGUAUUGUGCAACAUAUUAUAGUCAACAAUACAUCAUUAAAUGUACUUCGAUGCAUUGGAAGAUAUUUGCAAAUGUGCAAGUUACUACACUGUAUAUCGCCAAAAAUUGUCGGAAGUAUGUUGGAACUAAUUGACUUCUAUUGUUUUGCAGUUCAUGAGAUUUUCGCUAAAGAUUCUAAUGUUCAAAUGGAUAAAUUCUAUACAAAUAAAAUAGAAGUUAAACUGAAGACAAUAGAAGAGAAAGUCAUUCCGAACAUUAAAAUUUGGCCUUUGAAUUUUUCCUCGUUGUUAAAUAAUGAAUUAGCUAACCCCGAUACACUUUAUGGACUAUCAUUACGAAUAGUUGCCAUUGAGAGUGGCUCCUGCAUGAUCCAACAAUUUCAACUACUGAAAAAUUAUCUUAAUCACUUGCUGCCUGUACAUGAACGAACUAUCCUCUCAACGUUUUUCGAGCAUUCAGACUUGAUGAAUAAUAUAUCACUUCCUGUUUAUACGUGUGUUACUUCAAAAAUUAUCGACCUCCCAGCUAUUCUUGCUAGCAUGUCUAAAGUCAAAUGGGAUAUCAAUCAUGUGAGCUUUCAGCAUAGCGGUUACAUUGAUGUUAUGAAUCGGAAUGUACAAACUUUUGCGAUGCGUUUAGAAGAGAUUGCCAAAGAAGUUCCUGUACCAUCAGCUGCAGUGUGGAAUACAAUAGCUCGCGUUGCUACUCAUUUAUUGGUGGAAGGUUUUUCCAAUGCAAAAAAAUGUUCAGCCGGUGGCAGAGCUUUGAUGCAAUUAGAUUUUACAAACUUUAUGUCAAUAAUAGAACUUAUAUCUGGUCUUAAAUUCAUCGAACAUCGAUCGUAUGUAGAUGUUUACCUUAAAGCUUAUUACUUUCCCGUAGAACAAUUUGAAGAAUGGAUUGAAUCACAAAAAAAUCUCGGCAUCUACUCGAAAAAGCAAUUAAACAAUUUAAUAAUGUGCGUGUGCUCUGGAAACAAGCGCAUUAAACAAAAACUAUUGGCUUCCUUAGAAAAUCUUAAUAAUAGUUCUCAAUAGUUUAUUUUAAAUAAGAGGUCUUGAACCUUUGUACUUUAAUCUUUCGAAUUGCAGGAAUGUUAGGCUUAGAUUAUUAAUUAAGUAAACACUAAACGAACAACAAAAGGUUUAAGAAGUUAUUUAAACCUUGAAUUUAUUUUUAAACUACAAUAAAUGGUUGUAUAAGGUAAAGUUAUGGAAAAUAUAGUUUAUUUCAAAAGGGGUUCUUAUUUCCAGUUUUCAAAUUCCAAUUCGAACAAAUUUGCUUCACUUUAUACCUAAAAUAACGAAAGCUUAAAGUACAGGGCUAAAUACCUAAUAAAUAGUUAUAUUAGUUAAAUUUUAUUUUUAUUUUCGAAAUCAAUUGUUUUAAAUUUUUUAUAAUUUAUCUUAAUCAUUCCAAACUCCAAAAUUAACUAUCACAAAAUUACUCUCGAAAACGAUCUCUCUAUUUUACUUUUAAAAACAAACAAUGCAGAUUUUAAAUUGAUUUUUUUGGUCAACCUCUAAUAUUUUAUGCAUAUGCGAACGUAAUUUUAUACCUUUAAGUCUUAUUUAUUUUCAUAUUUAUAUAGGUAACGUGUAAUCUGGUGAAAGGUUUAACUUUAACUAAAUAAAAUUUAAGUAUUUCUUUUUUAAAAGCGUGAUUUACGUUAACUUUGAAGAUGUAUUUCAAAUUCUUAAAAGGUUAUUCAAGAAGUCAGUCUUUAUUCUGUAACUUACAAAAAACAAUAUUUUAAAGUCGAGUUUUAAGGAUUAGGACACCUUUGUAAUGGCUUUCUGGUUUAAAUCUAAAAGGAUUUUGUAUGAUGUUACAAUUUUUUCAACGUAUUUUUUUUAAAAUUCUUUAAGGUCUCGAAAAGUUUGAAAUAUGCGAAACAAAGUUAAAGGUUUUUUUCAUGAUUUUUACCACUACAUUCUGAAGAAUAAGUUCUUACAUCAAUUAUUUUAAUCUCUCGAACAACUAAAAAACUGUGUUAGAAAUAUCUACUUAUUUAUUUUAUGUUAUAACAAUAUUUAAUGUACAAUACUAAUAUGUGUAUUAUAUAAAUAUUUGAAAUAAAAUAUAUGUAUUUAAAGUA